GCCACCCCGCCCAGUAUUCCUGAUGGGGCUGGCGACACCUUGGCUGCGUGUGGGUGUCACUGGCAUGUGGACAGGCAGCCAUCUGCUGGUGCCCUGCCCACUGGGAUCUGUGACCCCAGCUUCCUGAGGCCCGAUGUGGUUCCCUGGGGCAAGGGACUUAGGCCAGGAGACCAGGAGCCUCUAACAAUGUGUAGCAGAAACAGUGGAAGAUGUGGAGCUAAGAAGAGGGGCUUUCCUAAUUGUACUGCCUUAGUUUCCCUGAGGGGAUGCCGUUCCAGGAGGGAGAUUCUGGAUGACCUAGUUUCUGAGGGGCGGGGACAAGAGCAGGCCUGGACUCAGGGCCUGGCUGGCCAUCUCCCUCAUUCCUCAUGAAGCUCUAGGGGUGUUGGCAGGGGCUUCUGAGUCCUGAUUCUGACAGACUUGGGGGUUGGAGCCUCAGGGUGGAUCCCCUGUUGCCUUGUCUUCUGGGUUCUCUGUGGGAAUGGGAGCCAGGAGUUCUGGCACCAACUUUGAGGGGGCGGGACCCAGCACAGCUGGCCCCUCCCUGGACCAGGGCCUCAAAUACCUGAGUGUGCCCAGGCAUCAGACAGACCUUUUGCUAGACCAAGCCCUUGGAGUCUGGUACCACGGACACACUCCCAGCCUGGACCUCAAACCCUUACUUGGGCCCAAAUCCUGAGCCUCUGGCACUGCCCUAUCCACAUCUUAGGUGAGUCGGGCUGGAUGGUAAUGGGGUGCGUCUGUUUGGGCUUCAGUUUUCCCACGGAGUAGGAGAAUGGCCGUGAGCCCAGCACACCACCCUGGGGAGAGCGCAGGGGGAGCCUGCCCUUGGUGCUGGCCAGCAUCGGGUGGCAUACCCUGUCAGGCCCCCACACCUGGGGAGGUGAGGGGUGGUGGGGUGUGUCCGACUCCCGGUGGGUGCUCAGGGCUGUGUCUGUCCCUCCCAGCCCACUAUCUCGGAGCAAUGGGAUGGCCCCGGGCCCUACUGGCUGCGCUCUGGGCCCUGGGGGCUGCCGGGGCAGCAGCGCUGCGCAUUGGAGCCUUCAAUAUCCAGAGUUUUGGUGACAGCAAAGUGUUGGACUCAGACUGUGCCAGCGUCAUCGCACAAGUGAGGCGGGGGCCUGGGCUGGGGCUGCUGCCUCUGGGCUCUGCGGGCGGAUCUGCCCUGCGUGACCCGCCCCUACGGUCCCCUCUCCAGAUCUUGGCUGGCUAUGACAUCACGCUCGUGCAGGAGGUGCGAGACCCGGACCUGAGCGCAGUGUCCGUGCUCAUGGAGCAGAUCAACAGCGUGUCGAGGCACCAGUACAGCUACGUGAGCAGUGAGCCCCUGGGGCGGGAUCAGUACAAGGAAAUGUACCUGUUCGUUUACAGGAAGGACGCGGUGUCGGUGGUAGACACGUACCAGUACCCGGACCCGGAGGACACCUUUAGUCGUGAACCUUUCGUGGUCAAAUUUUCAGCCCCCAGCUCCGCUGCCAAGGAGCUUGUGCUGGUCCCGCUGCAUGCUGCGCCUCACCACGCAGUGGCGGAGAUCGAUGCUCUCUACGAUGUGUACCUGGACAUUAUCGACAAGUGGGGCACCGACGACAUGCUGUUCCUGGGCGACUUCAACGCGGACUGCAGCUACGUGAAGGAGCAGGACUGGCCGUCUAUCCGCCUGCGCAGCAGCGAAGUGUUCAAGUGGCUCAUCCCGGACAGCGCUGACACUACAGUGGGCAACUCGGACUGCGCCUACGACCGCAUUGUUGUCUGUGGUGCUCACCUGCGCAGGAGCCUGAAGCCCCAGUCGGCCACGGUGCACAACUUCCAGGAGGUGUUUGGCCUGGACCAGACUCAGGUGAGUGCUGAGCUCCAUGGAGGGGGGUGGGAGGUGUCCCCUGGCUGCUCUGCACUGGCUGACAGGAGCCAGCUCUCUUCUGUCCAGGACCAGGCUCAGCCUCAGUGCACCUGGCAAUCCCCUCCCUGCCCUAGUUUCUGGAAAAGGCCCCUACAGGGUCAGUUGUGGUUGAAUGGAACAAGUCUGGGAAGGCACAAUAGGAUGCCUUCACCUCUCCCAGAGGUAGGGUCCUGAGUCUGUGCCCACAUCCCACUUGCAGGCAACAGCAGGGAUGAACAGCCCAGGCCUCACUGGCCUGCUCCCCUAGACGCAGUGGUUUCUUACAAACCCAGUGGGCUUCAUCCUAGGUGGGGGGCCAGUUCUCUGAGGUGAAGCCUCAGGAAGGACAGGCUGCCCAGCAGGGCCACUGAGACUUGGCCCCUCUCCCUCCAGGCCCUUGCCAUCAGUGACCAUUUUCCUGUGGAGGUGACCCUCAAGUCCCACUGACAGCUCCGAGGACUGGCCAGGGCAUGCUGCCUGCAGACUGGCUAUGAGGAACAGCUCCACAGGACUCAAGGUGGCUGGCUUGCCCUCAGCAAGGCUGCAGGGCAGGGUGAACUGGGCCUGGACAGGUGGCCAUUGACAUGUAACUGGAACAGUGAGCCGAUCCCCCAUCUGUAAAUGGCCUACCACUACCUACCUCACAGGGGUGUGAGGAGCAACCCAGAGCACUGGGUGUGGCUCUGCUCAAUAAACAAGAGUGCUCAGCUAGGACCACAAACAGGUCAGCUUA